UUUUUUUGUGAUUAGACGAGGACGAGAGGGCAGUGCGGUUCGGUGCGACUGGCGGUCGUGAGUUCGACGACGGUUUUACCCGCUGUCGUUUCCGUGGAUCUCGCGCGAGUCGGGAGAGGAUAGAGUGAGAAAGAGAGAGGUGGGGACGUAGAACGGGACGCGAGCGAGCGAGCGCGUUACGAAUCCGACGCCGUCGAGAGACCGACUUGAGUCGCCAGUCGCGGAAAGAUACACGAGUACACGGCCGAGAGCGCGGUCGGUGGCUGAUUUUUCCCGCCGAAUUUUCGCGAGCGAGCUGGCGCCAGCAACCGUCCGAGGCAGUCGUCCAGCAACGGCGGCGGUCGGUCGGACGUGUCGCUAGUGUGUAUAUACGUCACGCACGUGCAAUACCGUCGUCUCUGUCUGUGUAUUGUGUGUGCGGUGUGUGUGCAUACGUACGACCGUGCGUCGUGCGUGCGUGCGUGUGUGCUGCUCUUACAGUCGGUGUCGUCUCGAAAAAUCGAGGUACGGACGGAGUAUCGUCGAGACCGCGUGCGUGUACCGCGCGGAUCAGCAGCUCAAAGUACAGCUGCGAGUGGUGGUGAACGCCGGAGGAGAGCAGAGGAUUAGCGGCGGCAGAGAGAGAGAGAGAGAGAGAGAGAGAGAGAGAGGACGCAGCCGAGGAGGUAGAGGAGAUAAAGAUGAGUAAGACGUGCGCCCGCUGCGAGAAGACGGUCUACCCGAUCGAGGAGCUCAAGUGCCUCGACAAGAUAUGGCACAAGCAGUGUUUCAAGUGUCAGGGCUGCGGUAUGACCCUGAAUAUGCGGACGUACAAAGGUUUCAACAAACAGCCGUAUUGCGAGGCGCACAUACCAAAAGCCAAAGCGACCACGAUGGCGGAGACACCGGAGCUGAAGCGUAUCGCGGAGAACACGAAGAUACAGAGUAACGUCAAGUAUCAUGCCGAGUUCGAGAAGGCGAAGGGGAAGUUCACGCAAGUGGCGGACGAUCCGGAGACCCUCAGAAUCAAGCAGAACAGUAAGAUCAUCUCGAAUGUCGCUUAUCACGGCGAGCUUGAGAAGAAGGCGAUCAUGGAGCAAAAGAGGACGAUGACCGGAGAAAACGGCGAGCAAAUAGAGUACGUAGAGUACACAGACGGUACGAUCGCACCUGCGUCGAGCAUAAACGCCAAUCCGCCGCCCGCAAGGACGGCGAAUUCGCCGGUACAGAGGACACCAGGUAGGAUCGCCGAUUACGAUCCCCUUAGCGAGGCGAGGCCGAGUCCCUAUUCCGCAAGGCAAGCUGCUACCACUGUCAUUUAUACGAGCGACAAGGGACCAGUGACGAAUCCACCGACACGGAAAAUCGGCUCGGUCGCUGACAUCGAUCCGGUCAACGAAUAUUACGGAUCGUUAACGCCGGCCACAACGAUAAACAAUAAUCAACAUCAACAUCAACAUCCACAUCAAUCACCAGCGCCGCCCUCCAACAUUGGAAGAGUGUACAGAGCAAUGUAUGACUACGAGGCGCAAGAUCUCGACGAGGUGAGCUUCUGCGACGGCGAUUUGAUUGUCAACUGCACGGCUGUCGACGAGGGGUGGAUGACUGGACUGGUGCAGCGUACGGGACGACACGGCAUGCUACCCGCUAAUUACGUCGAACCGGCGCAGAUUUAAAUGUUUUUUCAGGUCGAGCUUCCAUUCGCUAAUUGUUGCCGCUACGUCGAUCAGAGCGUUAAUUAAGGCGCUUUGCUGAAGGAAGAGACGAUGUUAAAAAAAGAAAAACAAAAUUACGUGAUACAAUACUCGAGAUUAGCGCUUCUAUUUUUGUUAUUCGGCCGAGAUAAUUUGUUUGAUUAAAGUGGCGAAUUGUCAUCUUAGAAAAUCAGAUAAUCAGAUAUUUGGCUACUAAAGACUUUUAUGAAGAAUCUUGAUAUGAAGAAUCUUGAAAUUCGACUGCUUUUAUCUUGAUAUCAAUUAAUCAUAAUGAUGUACGUUUGGAUAAAGUAUUCGAAAAUAUGUUGAUAAAAGUACGUAUGUAGUACGUCUUUAAGCGUAUUUAUAAAAGCAAUCCUCGUCUUCUAGAUGACAAUACAUAGCUUCAUAUGUUAGAAUUCCAUGAUGGGACCAAACCUUUACCACGACUGCGAUAAAUUAUGCCGAUUACAAUUAAAAUUCGGACAGCUUGUGCAGCGACAUAAGCCUUGACCAACAAUUAAGAAGAAUUAAGUAUAAGAUAUAUCUCUUUCAUAUGCAAUGCAGUUUUCUGUAAAGCGUCACUUUUAUUUUAUUUUUGCUAUUAAAUUAAAAUAGCCACAGUUAUCGCCUCCUCCGUUUCGAUAUAUAUAUAUAUUUUUUUUAGAUAAUUUAAAUUAUACAAUUAAAAUAUAAACAUCAAGAAGAUAAUUAAUUUGGUUCGAUUAACAGGCUCUUUACGAGCCUUUUCUCUGUUAAUGAUUAUUUUUAUAGACGAAACUUUUUAUGUUACUUGUUAUUCGAUAUAAACUCUGACCAACACAUUAGUGUCAAUUAGACAAGUUUUUAUAUUUUCAAUCAAUUUUGCAUUUAUAACUAAUAUUACAUUCUCCUUGUCUUUGUAAUAAUGUUUCUUUAAUUUUUUUUUUUGGAGAUAUUCACAAAAUAAUAUUUUAGUCAUAAUAUCUAAACUUUUUCGUUUCUAGUAAUAAAAUAUAGGACAAAAUCUCUUGUAUUCGAAAAGAAAUAAUGCAAUGUGCCUUAUACGUAUAGACUGCUGAGUAGCGGUAUGAAUUUUUUUUUAUUAUAAUGUUAAGCUGCAUGCAAGUUAAUCGAAAUAAGACAUUUAAAGAAAUGCUAACAAAUUUUUACUUGCCGCAAUAAUGUACCUUGAUUUGAUAUAAAAAAAAAAUUGACAUAAAUCCUCUGUCUUCCUUCUUGAAGAUAAGUUAAAAUAAUGGGGAACAUAAAUAUAUUGUUGACGCGAAAGAUGCUGACACUUGCCUUCCUUUUUAUAAUAAAAUUAUCGUUAGGUACCGUUACUGAUUUUUAAUUAACGAUUUAAAUAUAAAUUAAUUAACCAAUAUUUUAUUGCAUAGUUCUUAAGUUUUAUUUCGUAUGGUCCACAUAUAUGCUUCGCAUUUCUCUCCAAAAUUGCAUUUACAUUGUUGGUGUAAGUUAUUGUAUUAUUUCGACGGUUCUGAGGUUACAUGAAAAUUGUUGAUCGAAAAUUAAUUGAUAUUUAAUUUAGUUAUGUUCUGAUGUCGGGCACUUUUUGUGAAAUUCAUAUUUCAAAAGCGCAGUAUUAACCGUGUUGGCUAACGUGACAGCUGAAUCUUCCAAAAUAGGUUUCUUUCUACCUUUCGACUAGCGUUUGUAACGUGUAGUAAUAAUUGUGCUUAAAUUGAUAGAACGUCAUGUUUACCGCCGCGGAGGUGCUUCUCAAGUGCCUUGUUUGUAUUGCGUUUUUAAAUUAAAAAUAUCAAACUAGUUCCUCAGAAAUGUAUCUACACCCUAUAUUUACCUGAAUAGGCAGAUUAUAUAUUAUGGAGCGACGUCCGAUGGAACUGUACAGAUUACUGAACCACGUAAAAGUUAAGUAAUUCGUUAUCCGCGGGUUACACGCGAUGUCGUUCGAUCCCUCUUUUGUAAACGAAGAGAAUGAUAUUUUUGGAAACAUGUUAACACAGCACUCUUGUAAUUAUUAGAUCGCUGAUAAGAGGAUUAAAUAUUGCAAGAUACAGAAAAUAUAUGUUAGCGUUGUGUUUAGACAAAUAUUAUAUUAUCAUAGCAAAUCAUGAAUAAUGAAUAUGUAUGUUAUGUAAACC